AUGACUCGAUUCGUGCCUUCACAAAGACCGAAGCCAGGAGACACGGCAGUCCAGACGGAGAUCAACGCAGAUCUAAUUGGACUCAAUGAGGAAGACACAAAGGUGGCUGGCAAUCUGCAAAAGCAGACAGCUUCUAUGCUCGACCUCAAGAACCGAAACGAGACAGCGUCACUCCUUCUUUCAGAAGAAAUCAAAUAUUAUGACAAGCUAAUCUACCUUCAUCAAAGCACACCUACCGACAAUGAAACAUCGUGGGACUUGCUGCGAUCACGGCAAGAUAAUAUACUAAAUCUUAUGGAAGCUCGGAAACAAAAUAGGCAAGCCCUCGGCCAGUUUGAGCAAUACACGGCGAAGAUGGCCAUCAAGCUUGAAGAACAGACGAAGGCGAUUGCCGAUCUCAAAUGUCAAAAGGGACAGCUGGCUUCUCAUCUUCAGGAAAUGACCAAGAUCGAGUUAUCACGGGAAAAACGAGAAGUGAAGAUGACUGAAACAAUCUUCAAUGAUGCUGGCACGAUGCUCUCUGAGCUCGACUAUCAGCAAGACUUGAUUGACGGAUUGAAACCAGACGAGGUGGCUUACCUCCAGCCAAACCAUGAUAACCUGGUGGAUAUGGCUCGUGCCAUUAAACAAUGGACGAGGGAGGACGGGGAUUCUGGGAUUGUGUUCAACUUCGAAGACGACAUUUCAUGUUUUAAGCAGUUAUAUGAAGACCUAUUGUCUCGGUUCAGCAAACAGUCUUCGGAGCUCAAGAUGCAGUCCUUCAAGGUCCGCAGCCAGCAAAGAAAGAUUGACGAACAGAACGAGACUAUAUCCAAACUCGAAGCCCAUAACGCAAGAAUUGCCGGUGAUCUCGAGGAACAGACCUUGAAGCUGACUUCCAUUCUUGACGGCGAGGACGACUACACAUGCAACGCAUCGCGGAUCGAUGAACGAUGCACCGAGCUCUUUGGCGAACAGGAGAAAGCACUGAAGUUCGAGAUCGAUCAACUGAACCACCGACUCCGACCCCUCGAGGGCCAUGUGUUCAACUCCAGACAGAAAACGUUCUGCAACUACCUCCGCGUCAACGGCUCUAUCAGCGCGGCGGAAGCCAACAUCAUGCUGGACAGUCUCAGCCGGAUAUCCUAUAACAUGAACAUGGCGGAAAUUGAUGCGCGCAUGUUCGGAGACAGACUGUCCGGCCUAGGUCGUGAUUAUAUCCCAGAUUUCGUCCGCAUCUACGGGGUCCUUCCCUGGGAGUUUUUGAAUUCAAGUAUCAUGAAACAUCCAUUCAUUGCUCGGGUCUUCAAUGCAGUGGGCGCAAUCCGUCUGGAGAAUAGGGAACUCACUGACAUGACUCGCGAUAAUUUCGCUCGGGUUCUGAAGUUGUUGGAAGGUGAACAGUAUGGGCAAGCUAUCAUGCACUGCAAGGGGAUGACUGUCGAGGCGAAACCAAUGAGACUGGAAUAG